AUGAAGUGCAUCGUUUGUUCGAACGAUUCUAAAAAAACCCAUAGUGAAACCACUGGAAAAAGCCGUGUCACGUACCACAAGUUCCCGGUAACCGGCGAGCAGUUCGAUGCGUGGUUAAAAUUCUGCGGAAUCGAUCGGCAGCAGCACGAACAGCGUCACUAUGUUUGUAGUAAUCACUUUACAGAAACUGAUUACUUGACUUCCGAAGAACGACUGUACACGGAAAUAAUAGGGAUUCCUAAGCGAAGAAUACUGAAAAAGGAUGCCGUCCCCACGAUUCGUGCAUCGAACGAGUCGGAUAAAGCGCUGGACCAGGACCAGGGAGUACGGAAGCGGAAGGAAAUGGUAGAAAAGUUACUCGGCGGAGGGAUUUCCGUUACCGAAGAUAUUGUCUCUCCGUUACGACCCACGGCUUGGUGUGAGAGUAAGCUUGUGAAAAUGAGCAAAGAACGAAAAUGGCUGCUAGAACGAAUAGAAACGUUGAAGCAGAAGCUCGGCGAACAGAGGGAUACAAUUUCUGCUCUAAGACGUACAAACGAACAGCAGACGGAACGCAUCGAGUUCACCAAAAAGGAACUGGUCAACCUUGCGAUCUCAUUGCAGGAAGUAAAGGAUAAUGAUAGCAACGAAGUAGCCAAGCGGGUUAAACAAACCCUGGCGGGACACUUCACCGAGGGGCAAGUGGCGGCCAUUGUGGCCGGUUCGGGACCUCUCAUACCCGGUGCGAUGCGGUGGACGGAUGAUGACUUGUCAAAAGCGCUCGAACUGCGGUGCAUUAGUGCGGAAGCAUUCGACUACGUUUUGAGCCAGCUGAAAUACCCUUUUCCCGACCCGCUUCAAAUCGCACACUGGAUCCAUGGCGCGUAUCUGGUAACUGGUACGAACGCUACGGCCUUUCGCUUGCUAAAGGUUUACGCACCGUUACUGCCCAAUCCAGCCGAUCGCAUCUGCUCACUGAACUUCGUUAAAGUUGACGUGCCCGUGCGCUAUAGCUACGAUCGAGUGCGCGAUCAAAUAGUCGGUCCGAACGCACAGCUUCACUGUCUUUACGUGCAGGGCAUCUUUGGCCAAUGGAAGCACAUCGUCCAUGUCGACUUUGAUCUCGUGUAUAGUGUCAAGCUAGUUGAAAGAGUGGCCGAAAUGGUGCAUGCAGCCGGCUACCGGAUAGCUGCCAUUACGAUGCCAUGCGAUCGAGAGUCGACCGACAUGUGGAGUGAAUUGGGAGUCAGUUACCACAAGCAUUACAUUGAUCAUCCGCUAACGGGGGACCCCAUUUACGUUUUUGCCUGUCCUGACACCAUACUCACUACCAUGCACCGGGUACUGCUCGAGGGCGGGUUCGCUAUGGCGGAGAACAACGUGACGCUCACAAAGGAUUCACUGGUCAAGCUGCUGGAAUCAUGCGAUCGACGAAUCCACGAUCAAAUCAAGUUCAACGAAAGCCAUCUUGACACUGAAAUUCUAAACGAUGCUUUCAACACACUUCCAUCGCGGGUACUGAUAUCGCAUGACACAGCCAACGCACUGAAAGUUCUUGCCGAAAGCGGAGACGACACGUUUGCUUCGAUGGCGACACUUUUCGAUCUAUUCAGCGACUGGUACGAGCUGUGUACAAGCGUGUCACCGCACGGGAAACACGUACCCAUCACGCAACUUCCGUAUGGUGCGUGCGAGGACGAGCAGCAGAUUGUGCUGGAUGGAAUGCAAGAUGUCAUGGAAAGCAUGCGGUGUGUCGGCAGCGCAAACUACCUUCCUGAGGCGAUCCUCGUUUCGAUUGCUUCGACACGCAAGCUUUGGGCUGAUUUGCGCGUACACUGUCCCCCGGAAACGAACGGCAUUUCCAUGCAACACUUGAGUAGCACACCUAUGAGCGAAACGCUUCUCAGUCUCCAGAACGCCAUCACCGUUGCUUCGGAAACACGUAUUCUUUCUACACACGAUGCGCUGUUUCAAUUGUGUCGUACGGUUGCGAGUGUGAAACACGCAUCACACAUUUCCAACACCCUGCUGCUGGUGGCACAGCUUUCGCCAGAUAUUUCAGCCACUACCGGCCGCCCAGACGAUCCAUCCGAUCCGGAUGUCUAUGGUGUAACAGAGCAGGAGGCAUGCGAGUUUUUGACCCUUCUUAUAGCGGAGCGGUUACGUCGAAUCCACGAGUACCUCGGUGAACGAUCGUACGCCAUCGAGCUGCAGAACGAUCAGUAUGUGUUCGUACCGGUUGGUGGAGAGAUUGCAAAAGUAACACCAUCAGCACUGUGGACGGAACAGGCAAAACUGCUGGAAGUGUACGUAGUCGAAGCGGUCUACCAUCGAAAGGAGUCGCUAGUGAAUGGGCUGGUUGAUUCUAUCAGCAAACGGCACCCGAUGAUAGGGCGCGAUCUGAUCGAAAUGUACGUCACCAAGCGGAUAGCGAUCAAAUUGCAGUGUUUGAACGCGGAACUGGAUGCGCUCGGGACAAGCGAUGUCACGUGGAUAACGUUGUAG